AUGGAGAACGACGACGCGACCGGCCAGCGCGAGGCCCAGGAGCGAAUCAUCACCAGAACAUGGCGAGCCUGGAGGACGGUGCACGAGAUGGUCGCCGACAGAGGCUACGAACUCGGCGAGGACGAAAUCAACAUGCCUCUCGACGCCUUCAGGCGGAAGUUUGUCAACGACGACGGCGGCCUGGCCCGCUCUCUGCUCAAGUUCUCCGCCCGCCCCGGCGACGAGCUCAACCGCCGCUCCAUCCCGCCUCCCACCCCUCACAACCCGGACCCCAAGCCCGAGGCCGGCAGCAUCUACAUCGAGUUCCUCGACGAUAACACGCUCGGCACAGAGCAGAUGCGCCGCUUCGCCAAGUUCUGCGCUGACAACCACUUCUCCAACGGCAUCAUCGUCUCCAACGUCCCCGUCUCCUCGGCCGCCAAGAAGGAGAUCACCAAGUUCGCCGACUGGACCGCCAUCGAGUGGUUCCUCGAGGACGACCUGCUGGUCAACAUCACCCACCACGACCUCGUCCCCCGCCACGUCAUCCUCUCCCGCGACGAGAAGAUCGCCCUGCUCAAGCGCUACCGCCUCAAGGAGACCCAGCUCCCCCGCAUCCUCGUGCGUGAUCCCGUAGCCAAGUACUUUGGCAUGAAGCGCGGCCAGGUCGUCAAGAUCAUCCGAAAGAUCUACAGUCGACUUGUCUCCUGGACAGAAGAUAAACCCCCGUGUUUCCUCGUGGCAUUCGACAGCACCGUGCCCACGAGAGACACUUGCUUGUCAUCUGAAAGCCACACGUAG